UCUUCGUUUUUUUGUUUUUUUUGGUGAGUAUGGGGAGAAGAAGGAAUUCACCAGUGAAUGAAUUGUUUGGAUGGAUAAGAAAACAAUCAAUGAAAGUGAAGAUAUUCUUAGGAGUGGUUACUGCAAUAUUGUCAUUAGUUGGUUUGAAAUACUCGGUGAAAGAUCAUAACCAUUUCUUUGUUGCUUCUGAAGCUGUUCAUGCUGCUGGGAUUUUUGUUUUGGUUUAUAAACUCAUCACUAAAAAGACUUGUUCAGGGCUGGCCAAACUUGAUCCCCGUGUUGAAGCUGAAAGAGACAUCUGCUUACUGCAAAGCGAAUUAGGUCCAGAGUCAACUCCAGUUCCAGAAUCGGUUUCACGAUGUAUUAAGUUUUGAUUUUCUUCCUUGAUGUUGGCAUCUACAACUUUAAGU